ACCACGCUGCCUGUGGCUGGCUGGGGAGCAGUGCUUCCCGGGACAGCACCCAGGGAGCCAGCAGAGCACACACAGCUCCACGGGCAGCGCUGGCUCUGCCCACAGCAGAUCUGCCAGCAGCAAGAGGGUAGGUCUAUCCGUGUGUGUGGGCAGGUCUGUGCACCUGUACUGCACAGCUGGGUGAGAGCAGGUGGUGCUGGGCUGCCCUGCCUGCCCAGCUUCCCCCGGCCUCUUUUCCCUGUGGGAUUGCUGUUGUCUCAUUCCCUGAGCUGUGCUGUGUGUGUGAGGCAGUGGCAGCUGAGCACGGGGAAGGGGGGGAAAUUAAUUCCGGAGCAAGGUUUGUCCUUUUGCAGAGGCACUAGCUGGGGAUGCAGAGCCACCAGACGUGUCCGGAGGAAACCUCCCCUUGCAGUACUGCUGGUAAGACCUCCAGAACCCCCCAGACGUGCCCCCAAAGUGGGGCCAUGGCCACUCUCACCACCCUGUUGGGAAAGCUGGUGACUGCAGGCGCAGGGCAGGACGGGAGCGCGUUGCAGGAAGUUAUAGCUGCGAAACUGCCACCUCCGGAGAGGAGCCUCUUCCCAGGACAGGGAUGGAAAGAGGUGGCUGAGCAGCACCAGGCUCUCCUCCACGGGUCCCACGGGCUCAGCCCCUGGCAGCAAGAGCACAGGCAGCCGUGGGCUGAGCCUGCCCAUCAAGAAGUCCUGCUGGAGCCUCCCUCCCCCGUGCCUCAGUUUCUCAGGAUGUUGGGGGCUGUGAGCACAAGCUGUUUUCCUGAAGGAUCACCCUGUGGAGCUGGGGCGGGAGCCUGAGUCAACACCAGCACAGCCGGUUCUGCCAGACUGGACUGUAUCAGGGCAGGCAGAGGAUGUCACGGGCCAUGCAAUGCCAGAGCUGCCUGCCCAGGGGCAGCUGGAACCAGCUGCAUCAAUUCCUGCCAGGGGGCAGGGGGACCCGCAGUGUGUACCUGUGUGCUGCUUCAGUGCCAGGCACUGCAGGCAGCUUCCUCAGGAAGAUCCUUCCCUCAAGCAGCAUCUUCCUCCCCAGAAACCAACCCAGCCCUCACUCCCUGCCUGCUCUGAGCUCAGCCCACCUCCUGUGCCCUGCUGUGGGUUUGCUGGGGAUGCACAAGCACACGCCUUGCUCACCUGCCUUCAGUUCCCAGCCCUGCUCCUGCCCUGUCUGCUCCCUUGGUGCGGGGGAAGGAAGGGGGGCUGUGCUCACCACCAGGGAGGGUCCCAGGGGCGCUCUGCCCAGCCCAGCUCCUCUCGCCAUGGCCUGUCCCAGCUGAGGAACGUGGCCUAUUCUGAUGCCAUCAAGCAACACCAGAAGCGCCUGUCCGCGUGGUUCAGCCACCAGCCCAAUGAAGAGAGGCAGUUUGGCCCUUCCUUCUCACUGGACGCAGUCCACGUGGACCCAGUGAUCCGGCAGAGCUCCAUGGAGGAGAUCCUGAAGCCCUCACCUGACCUCACCAUCCAGAACCAGCUCCAGCAGCCCUGCAGCCGGGUUAUCACCCUCCAGAACCUUUUCGACGUGGACGCCUGCGGGCGGCAGGUGAAGAAUGUUGUGCUGUACGGCACUGUGGGCACAGGGAAGAGCACCCUCAUCAAGAAGAUGGUGGUGGACUGGUGCCACGGUCGCCUGCCCCGCUUUGAGCUGGUCAUCCCCUUCUCCUGUGAGGACCUGUCCCACAGCCAUGCCCCCAUCUCCCUGCGGCGCCUCAUAAGCAAGAAGUACCAGCACCUCCGGGACGUGGUGCCGAUGCUGGGGGCUUCCAACCUCAAGGUGCUCUUCAUCCUCAACGGCCUGGAGCGCCUUAACUUGGACUUCCGUCUGGCGGGCACGGAGCUGUGCUGUGACCCCAACGAGCCUGUGCCUUCCUCUGCCAUCGUGGUCAACCUGCUGCGAAAAUACCUCCUGCCAGAGGCCAGCAUCAUCGUCACCACGCGCCCGUCGGCCGUGCGCCGCAUCCCCGCCAAGUACGUGGGUUGCUACGCUGAGAUCUGUGGCUUCUCUGACACCAACCUGCAGAAGCUCUACUUCCAGAUGAGGCUCAGCCAGCCCGGCUGCAGUGGAGAGGGCAGCGUGAGUAGCAGCUCAGGUGAGCAGGAAAACUUGGUGGAGAUGUUGUCAAGGAACUUGGAGCGCCACAACCAAAUAGCUGCUGCCUGCUUCCUGCCCUCUUACUGCUGGCUGGUGUGCACCACCCUGCACUUCCUCUACUUCACCAGGAUGGUGCCUCCUAGCCAGACCUUAACUGGCAUCUACACCAGCUUCCUGAGGCUCAACUUCAGCGGGGAGGUGCUGGACAGCACCGACCCCACCAACAUCUCCAUGAUGAAGUACGUGGCCAAGAUGGUGGGCAAGCUGGCCUACCAAGGGGUGAUGUCCCGCAAGACCUGCUUCUCAGAGGAUGACCUGCAGCAGUGCUUUGAGGUAGAGAUGAAGACUGAGAGCGAACUCAACCUCCUGGAGGUCUUCCGCAGCGAUGUCUUCCGCUUCUUCCUCACUCCAUGCAUGCAGCCAGGCAAAGAGCACACCUUUGUCUUCACCAUCCCGGCUAUGCAGGAGUACCUGGCAGCCCUGUAUGUGGUGCUGGGUGAGAAGAAGACCCUGACACAGAGAGUGGGGAAGGAGCUGUCAGAAGUCAUUGGGAAGGUGAGCGAAGACGUCGCUGUUGUGCUGAGUAUCAUCUCCAAGGUGCUGCCCAUGCGCUUCCUGCCAGUCCUUUUCAACCUGCUCAAAAUCUUCCCUCGCUACUUCUCCCGGCUGAGCGGUAAGGACCGGGAUGCUAUUGCCCACACCAUGGCAGAGGAGCUCUUCAAAGAGGAGGACUACUACAACGAUGAUGUCCUGGACCAGAUCAAUUCCAGCAUCCUGGGCGUGGAGGGCCCCAUGCGCCAUCCUGAUGAGGCCCCCGAUGAUGAAGUCUUUGAGCUCUUCCCCAUCUUCAUGGGUGGGAUCCUGUCCCGCCGCAACCGCGCCAUCCUGGAGCAGCUGGGCUGCUCCAUCAAGAACCUGGCAGCCUUUGAGAUCGCCAAGGCCAUGAAGAAGACAGUCAUCAGGAAGAGCCGCAAGGGGCUGCCCCCCUCCGAGCUGAUGGAUUAUCUCUUCUUCCUGCACGAGUUCCAGAACGAGCGCUUCACCGCCGAGGCCAUCCGCUCCCUCCGGGCUGUCAACCUCUCCUCCGUCAGGAUGACCCCUCUCAAGUGCUCUGUCCUGGCAGCUGUCAUGGGCACCACGUGUCACGAGGUGGAGGAGCUGAACCUGACCUCCUGCAACCUGGACACCAGCAGCCUGAGGAUCCUCUUCCCUGUCCUGCUGCGAUGCAAAGCCCUCCACCUGCAGCUCAACAGCCUGGGCUCCGAUGCCUGCAGGGAAAUCCGUGACCUGCUCCUGCAUGAGAAGUGUGUGGUGAGCAACCUGCGGCUGGCAAACAACCCCGUGGGCGAGCAGGGGGCACAGCUCCUGGCUGAGGCGCUGGCAGGAAACCGCUCGCUGACCCACCUGUCCCUGCUGCACACCGCUCUGGGGGACAGGGGUGCUGAGGUCAUUGCUCAGCACCUGGCUGAGAACCAGCACCUCCAGGAGCUGAACUUGGGCUACAACUCCCUGACGGACACGGCUGCCCUGCGCGUGGUGGAGGUGGCCAAAAAGCACGCGACGCUGGACAAAGUGCAUCUGUACUUCAACGACAUCAGUGAGGAUGGCAAGCGGGCGCUCCACAGCCUGCGCAUGGACAGGGACGGCGUCAGGGCCCUGGUCUUCCUUACAGCAGGGACUGAUGUCUCUGACUACUGGUCCAAUAUUCUGAACGUGGUGCAGAAGAAUCUGCCUUUCUGGGACCACGAGCGGGUCCGGCAGCACCUUGCCCUCUUCCUGCAGGACCUGGAGAGCAGCCGGAGACAGACUGCCAGUCCUUGGAGGAAAGCCAAGUUCCUACGAGUCGAGAGCGAGGUCAAGAAGAUGCUGGGGAAACUGCAGCAGGGGACCCUCUAGCCUGCUGUCCAUCCCACACAGCCAGGGAGGGAGCAGAGCUGCUGGGGAGGGAGCACUGGAGUGUGUCCCAGCAGCACAUCCCCUUGUGCCCUUAUCCACGUGGAGAUGCCUAGUGGUUGGGUGCUACCAAGGCUGUCAAAGGUGCUGGGUACGUGGGGCUCAGCUCUCAUCUGUGGGCAAGGCUGAAGUGUGGGAGAACUGUACAGAGACCAGGCCAGGAGCAAAUGGGACUUGUUCUUCUGGGCUUGUAAAGACCCAGCCCUUGCACCCUGGCCACUGCUGGCCUGGCCACUUAGCCACAAGCAGUGGCAGAGGGGCAGGACUCAGGCUUGCUUGUGAAACCCUUGGUAGCAUUAAAGUGCACUGCUUUGUUUCCAGGGAAGCACAGUAGUGCCAAGCCUC